CGUCCGCGCACAUCCAAAUAAACUUCUUUUAAAUGCAAAAUUGAUUUUCUUUCGCUCGCACGCACAGAAUUGUGGCAGAAAUGUAAUUCCAUACCAUUUCAGGCGAGGCUAGGCGCAACUCAAACAAGCCUAUCGUCAAAGGCUCAGGAAUGGGUAUCUCCAGGGAUCACUGGCACAAGCGCCGUAAAACCGGAGGAAAAAGAAAGCCCUACCAUAAGAAACGAAAGUAUGAACUGGGUCGCCCUCCUGCAAACACGAAGAUCGGUUCCCGCCGUAUUCACACAGUGCGCGUGCGGGGAGGCAAUAAGAAAUACCGCGCGCUGAGACUGGACAGCGGGAACUAUUCCUGGGGCUCUGAGUGUUGUACUCGCAAAACCAGAAUCAUUGACGUUGUGUACAAUGCCUCCAACAAUGAGCUUGUGAGAACCAAAACCCUGGUGAAGAACUGCGUUGUUCUGGUGGACAGCACACCGUUCAGGCAGUGGUAUGAAGCUCACUACAUCCUUCCUCUGGGCCGCAAGAAAGGGGCGAAGCUGACUCCAGAAGAGGAGGAGAUGUUGAACAAGAAACGGUCAAAGAAGGUUCAGAAGAAGAUUAAUGGCCGCAGGAAGAAGAGCAAGAUUAGCAGUUUGCUGGAGGAUCAGUUCCUGCAGGGAAAGCUUCUCGCCUGUAUUGCGUCCAGGCCCGGCCAGUGCGGCAGAGCAGACGGAUACAUCUUGGAAGGGAAAGAGCUGGAGUUCUACCUCCGGAAGAUCAAAGCCAAGAAAGGCAAAUAGACUCAAGCAAUAUAACCAGGGCUAUUAUUCGGGUCACCAGUGUGAAUGAUUAUUUCCUAAUAAACUGAAAAUACUUUACUUCACUGAAAUACUGCAUACUGUAAGUGCAAAAUAAAAUGUAUUGCACUUACACGCACCCAAGUACGGUCACUGUAUCCCUUCAUGUUACUAUUCACUAUUACUAACUACUAUUUAUUUAUCUAUUUCUUUGUUCAUUUAUUUUCAGUAUAUAUUUGAACUGUCACUUUAGCUCAUCUCCAAUUUAAAUUUAUCUAAAAUAAAUUUUGUACAUGUACAAUAAAGUGAUUCACUCUUGAAUGUGUAUCUUAGGAGUACAAGAGUAGAGUCCUGAUUACAUGAAACAAUAAAAUUAUACCAUCUCAGGCUUUUA